AGUUCACAUUGACGAAGUUUUGUUGUAACCAUUGAUGCCAUCUACAUACAUUAUAUUUACUGUACAUACAGUAUAUACAGUACAUACAGUACAUACAGUACAUAUUGUGAUCUCAUCGAUGACUGUCACCAUCUAAAAUCAAUUAUAACCAAAGAAGAAAGAAAGAAGAAAGAAGAAAGAAGAAGAAAAAAAAUGGUAGCUCGACAUGCUUUAACCACGGCGAGCUGCUCUCAUUGUCGUUUAGCUGUUCUGAAGUUAUUUACUACUACUGUUUCUUCGUCUUCUUUUGCAGUCGCCUCAUCUAUCACAAGGCCUAAUUCUCUUCCAUAUCGGCCUCGAUUCAUCACCCAAGCUCCAAGCCGAGCCUUUUCUUCUCAGCCUGAUCAUGACCAUAGUGCGCCUUUAGAUGAGAUAGCUUCAGAUGAGGCAGCCUCAGCCAAUGAAGGUUCGGAGGAAAGUCAUGCGCCUGAUAAUCUAGGACAGAAUGAUGCUGCCAAAGACUCUUCGAGUUUGGCCAAUGUCCCUUGGUAUCUUCAGGUUGAACCUCCAAGACAUGUCGCCUCUAUUGAGCAACCUCCUCUACCCGAGGUCCCCGAAGGAGCUCCCAGGAUCGUCAACUUAUUGUUGGAAUAUAUUUCCGAGGAACUGGGCCUUGACGAACUCGAGCUCUUAGAUCUUCGAGAGUUAUACCCUCCAGCGGCAUUAGGCCCGAAUCUAUUUAUGCUAUUCGGGACAGCCCGCAGCGAGCGCCAUCUCAGCGUAUCCGCUGGCCGCCUUCAACGAUGGUUGCGGGUUAAGCAUCGAAUCUAUGCCAAUGCUGAUGGCUUGCUCGGCCCAAAUGAGCGCAAGAUGAAGUUGCGUCGAAAAGCUAAACGGGCCAAGCUCCUCGGUGGUGUCGAAGAUACCGAUGACGGCAUUCAAACCGGUUGGAUAUGUGUCAAUCUUGGUACCAUAAAUCGUGGAAAAGACCAGUCUGCUGUGAUUGCAGAUGAUGGGCGCGUGGCAGGAUUUGGCGUUUCCCAAAAUGGCCACACGGUUGUCGUUCAAAUAAUGACUGAAUCUCGAAGAGCUGAGUUGAAGCUGGAGACUCUAUGGAAACAAGCUCUAGGUGACGAUGAUGAACCCAUCGAGCAAGAUCUAAUACCAGAACCGGGGCCGGAGCCGGGACCGGAAUUUAAGCCGGAGCCGGAGUUGGAGCCGAAGCUUAAGCCAAAACCAGAAGCCAAAGUCCCAGAAAAACUACACCCCUUAGAAGAAGCGAUUCUGGCUUCCUCGCGCCCACGUACGGUUUCCAAAAAUAAUAAUCUUAACGAAAAGAUACCAUUCCAGCAAACACGGUUCUUUUCUACACGCCCAGAAUAUAGCGGCGAGGCCCCGGGAAUCGAUCCAUUUCUUCAUGUCCGCUCUGAAGGGCAACUUCAACAAAUUCUGACUUCUGACAAACCUCAGAAACUUCGCCUUUUGAAGUUACUUCUAGAUCGUCUCGACGGAGUGCCUCUCGCUUCGGCGCGUGCAUUUCUCGGCGUUACCACUAGAGAGCAAACAUUGACUCCAUUCCUCCGGCUAUAUAGCGUUGCAUGCCAGGGUCUUCCUCCAUCCCAAACCUGGGAAUCUCGUCUAGCUAUUCAGGCCAAAGCAUGUGAAUCAAAUGAAAAUGUUCCUAUUCAGAUGAUUCAUGAUGUACGGCAUCUCGUUGACGAGGUGUGUCUCUAUGGUAUUGAGAUCUCACGACAGCAAUGUCUACAGUUAUUGAGCUGUAUUUACUGCUCAGAUGUGGGUGGGCUGGGCGAACAGACCCAAAUCGCCCUCCAACUUCUGAAAACGAUGCAGCAACGUAGACAGUCAGUCCUGGAUAAUGAUAUAGCUGUCGUCAUCAUUGAAGCGGCGGCUCGAUGUGCUCGACAGCUCCAAUCCAGAGAGUAUAUAGCACUGAUUCAACGACUAGAAAACGUUUUGUUACAAGCAAACAUGUCUUGUAUGAGCGAGCCAUUGAUCAUGACGCUCAUGCAAGCCUAUGCUGGACUACGCCACUGGGAUGGCAUUUGGAAUGCCUGGCGGAUACCACCGAGGUAUCUGCGCUCACGCUCGACAGCUAUGUAUACGCUUAUAUACCAACUAGCGGUCGCUACACGAUCCCCGACAGUUUGCACCGCAACAUUAAGACGCUGCUUUCAGGAAAUGCUUUCAGAAGACCCGCCCGUAUUACCUACCGGCAUGGUGCGGAAAGCGCUUGUGGAGUGUAUUAACAUCGCGGAUCCCACCGCCAAAACAGUUUCCGAUUUGAUCUCUUCAGGUGGUACGGUACACGACAAGCUUGCGAGUCGAGAAUUUGUGAAAAUGCUCAGGAGCAUCCAAGGCUUUUGAGAGGUCUAUAUGAAGCCUGAUUCUACCUAGUACAGUACCUAGUAAUUUUGUUCAGCUUGAUAGUAUGUAAGAUAUCGGGAAGAUUACUAGUCACACGACUUUGUACAGGCUGUGCUCAAAGUUGUAUGUCUAAUGUAAACUGGGUUAACGUGUUAUGCCCCAUUGAGCCAUUGAUAUUGGCCAUGAAAUGUUCUUGCUAACCUAGGACCUUCCCUAUCUGGCCAUGGCCCGUAAUGGUUGCAUUUCCGUAGACUGGGGCAAAAUAGCACAAGAUACAUAUAUUUGGUCGGGUGUUAUUGCCUCUCACUACUCACUACUCAUUACAGGUGAAAAAGCAUCUGCAUAACAAAGAAACACGAAAUAUACCGCCAGUUAACACUUUUAUGAAUAGCUGGAUAACUAUGCCAUUAAUAUAUUUG